UUUUCCCGGCAACGCUCAAAAACCCUAAUUCCCCAUUCGAGGGGGUUUCUUUACUCUGAUUCUUUCUCUCUCUUCUCACUCCAAUCAUUUCUAACAGAAACAUUCGAUUAAAUUGAUAGAUUCUUCAGUGUGUGGGUUUGAGGUGGUUCAAUGGAGAGGAGGAAGGAGGGCAGUGAUGAUGAUUACACUUCAGAGGAGGAAGGUAGUGAGGAUUAUAGGCGUGGAGGGUACCAUGCUGUUCGUGUUGGAGACACUUUCAAGAAUGGCUGCUAUGUCGUGCAGUCCAAGCUCGGUUGGGGUCAUUUUUCCACUGUCUGGCUUGCUUGGGACACUCUCAAAUCGCGUUAUGUAGCCCUUAAAAUUCAAAAGAGUGCUCAGCAUUACACUGAAGCGGCAAUGGAUGAAAUAAAGAUUCUCAAACAAAUUGCAGAGGGGGACCCUGAUGACAAGAAAUGUGUUGUGAAGCUUUUGGAUCACUUUAAGCAUUCAGGGCCUAAUGGUCAGCAUGUGUGUAUGGUUUUUGAAUUCCUGGGUGACAAUCUUCUCACCCUUAUUAAAUAUAAUGACUAUCGUGGGAUUCCUCUCCCCAUGGUUAAAGAAAUCUGUUUACAUAUUUUGGUGGGCUUGGAUUACUUGCAUCGUGAGCUUUCUAUCAUACACACUGAUUUGAAGCCAGAGAAUGUGUUGCUUCUGUCACUGAUAGAUACAUCUAAGGAUCCUAGGAAAUCAGGUGCUCCACUUAUCCUUCCAAACACCAACGAUAAGUCUGUGUCCAAUAAUGGGACCACUCAAGACAAUAAAACUUUGAAUGGAGAUCUGACCAAGAACCAGAAAAAGAAAAUGCGGAGAAAGGCUAAGAAGGCAGCUCAGGGCUGUACUGGGAAGGAAAGUUCAGAGGAAGCUGAGGAGGAUUAUAAAGAACCCGAGCAAGAAGGUUGUAGUAAUGGUGUGAAAUCAAGUGUAGAAUCAGUUGAAGAUAAACCUGGUAGUUCUUUGAGUAAAGAUGAAUCAACAAAGACUUUUGAAAAUGAUGUUUCACAAGGAAGUCAUGGUCAUAGGAGAGGUAGCCGUUCCAUGAGGAAGAAGUUGCUUGCAUCUGUUGAUCUUAAGUGCAAGCUGGUUGAUUUUGGUAAUGCUUGUUGGACUUAUAAACAAUUCACAAAUGAUAUUCAGACAAGGCAAUAUAGGUGUCCUGAAGUUCUUCUUGGAUCUAAGUACUCAACUCCUGCUGACCUUUGGUCCUUUGCUUGCAUUUGCUUUGAGCUUGCCACUGGCGAUGUUCUUUUUGAUCCUCACAGUGGUGACAAAUAUGAUAGGGAUGAGGUAAGUGAGCUCGUUUUGUACUAA